AUGUUCGAGAAAAGUACGACCCAAGUCGGGCUGGAGAAUGUUCCCAAAGCGCUGAAAAGCGCGACCAUGCGCAUGAAAUUCCCUCCUUCGUAUGUCAUUGUUGGUGUAUACAGGCUCUGCACCGACAAGUUGCUGUACAAGCCUGCAUGGGACAAAUGCCGACAUGGUGCGCGACGGGGCAUGAUUGCUGGCCUUAUCUGGGCUAUAAUGACAUAUAGAGUACAGAAGAAGUUCAUUGAACUCUUUCUGUCAAACUCUCCAAGGAUAGCUGGACUGUCUAAUGACACGAUAUUCGGAUUCAAACCGCCAUUCAGUAUUCAUUCAUAUGCGGCGAUGUUAUUUGUGGCCUCUCAGGUUGAGAUGAUCCUGACUUUCUUCCUGUCUCGCAACAUGCGCAUCGCGCGUGACAGAGCCUGGGCACAGACCGUCGAAUCGCGGGGGAAAGGCCCGGAGUUCUGGCAGCCUUACGUGGAAGAAUGGAGUGUCCCCCCUCGUGUUCUUGUCGAUACUCCGUGGUCAAGGUUCGCGAAGAAGUACUUGGGAGGACCCCUUGCAGUGUUUUUCGUAAAGAAAGUUUUGCUUCUCCCGUUCGACCUGUAUCCCUUCAUUGGUAUCAUUAUCUCGUCUUGGCUGAAAGCUCUCAGCACGGCUCAUGUCCUCCAUCGUCGUUAUUUCGAAGCCAAGAAAAUGACGGACACCCAAGUUGCCACAUUUAUGCAAGAGCGCAAAUGGGAUUACCGAAUCUUCGGUUUCACAGCUGCCUUAUUGGAAGGGCUGCCCAUUAUAGGGCUUAUUUUCCAGGUUUCCAAUCGAGUGGGUGCUGCUAUGUGGGCGCACGACCUCGAGAAGCACCAACACUACGUUAGGGAAGAGAUCACGAAGGGUACAUGGGUAGGGCCAGCUGCUCGGCCCAAGCUGGAGUAA